CAGAGUCCAAGAGGGCCUGCUUUGAUCUCCUCCGCGGCGCGGCAGAGCCGAGAUCCUCGGGUCCUCAGCCUAGCCUCCUUCGUUAUGGCGGGACAGCUCCGGGGAGCCGCUCGCAUUCUAGGCAGCUGGAGGAGCUAUUGCUCGAAGGGGCAGCAGGAGAAAGUCAGUGCAGAUUUUGUGGAGGCGCUGAAGGCAGUGGUGGGGGAGCCCAAUGUGUCCACAGCUGGUGUGGUGCUUGAACAGCACGGCCAUGAUGAAUCUAUGCACGGGUGCAGCCCCCCAGAUGCCGUUGUCUGGCCCCAGAAUGUGGAGCAGGUCAGCCGGCUGGCAGCAUUGUGCUAUAAUCACAGAAUCCCCAUUAUUCCCUUUGGCACUGGGACAGGGCUGGAAGGUGGCGUCAAUGCUAUAAAGGGUGGCAUCUGCUUUAACCUCACCCAUAUGGACCGUAUCUUGGAUCUGAAUGUGGAUGAUUUUUCAGUGACUGUGGAGCCCGGGGUCACCCAUAAAGCCCUCAAUUACUACCUGAGGGAUACUGGUCUCUGGUUUCCAGUGGAUCCAGGAGCUGAUGCCUCCCUCUGUGGUAUGGCAGCUACUGGGGCCUCAGGUACCAAUGCGGUUCGGUAUGGCACCAUGUUGGAAAAUGUUGUCAACUUGGAAGUUGUGUUGGCAGAUGGGCAGAUCCUUCACACGGCAGGUCGAGGGCGCCGAUUCCAGAAGAGCUCAGCUGGCUACAAUCUGACAGAAUUGUUUGUUGGCUCAGAGGGGACCCUGGGCCUCAUCACCACAGCAACACUUCGACUGCAUGGCAUCCCCGAGGCCACCAUAGCUGCAGUCUGUGCUUUCCCUAGCAUCCAGGCUGCCGUGGAUAGCACUGUGCAGAUAAUCCAGAGUGGAUUGCCUGUGGCACGCAUUGAGUUCCUGGAUGAGGUUAUGGUGGAUGCCUGCAAUAAGUACAGUGGUCUGACCAACGCUGUGACUCCCACCCUCUUCUUGGAGUUCCAUGGCUCCCAGCAAGCGCUGCAGGAGCAGGUGCAGAGGGCAGAGGAGAUCGUGCAGCAGAAUGGAAGCUCCCAUUUUGCAUGGUCCAAGGAUCCGGAGGAGCGGAGCCGGCUGUGGACAGCUCGCCACAAUGCCUGGUAUGCUGCCCUGGCUCUUAGGCCUGGCUGCAAGGGUUACUCUACAGACGUCUGCGUCCCCAUUUCACGGCUCCCAGAGAUUAUGGUGCAGGCCAAGAAGGACCUGAAAGCUUUUGGACUCACAGGAUCCCUAGUUGGGCAUGUUGGGGAUGGAAACUUCCACUGCAUCUUACUGGUCAACUCUGAGGAUGCUGAUGAACACCACCGAGCAACGCAGUUUGUGAAACAGCUGGGAAGGAAUGCGUUGGCCAUGAACGGGACCUGCACUGGGGAGCACGGCAUCGGGCUGGGCAAACGCCAGCUACUGAAGGAGGAGAUUGGCCCUGUGGGCAUAGAGAUAAUGAGGCAGAUCAAAUCAGUCCUGGACACCAAGAACCUCAUGAACCCUGGCAAAGUGCUGUGAGGGCCAGGCCCUUCUUCUGGACACGGAGCUGAUCUCCUCGCCGGAAUCAGGCUGUGGAGACGAGGCUAGAGAUGAGAAGAAAGGCCAGAGCAUCAGCAGCUGGGGUGGUGGGUGGUCCUGGGAGAGGGCACCUCAGAGAGAUUUGGUGGGGUGGGCUGCAUGGGGCAAAGACUUUGAUGGAGGAGAUGGCUAAUCACCUUCUGCCUGGGCAAAAAUCCCCAAAACACUGGUUUAGGUCGCCCCUAGGUGUCCUGGGAAAGCAAGACCACAGGGGUGGGCUUACAGCUUAUUGAUCUUAACUAGCUCAGCCUGGGCUAUUUGUCUAUUGUGAUUUUUUUAAGUAAACAUUUUAGAAUUGCCCUUUUUAA